UAGCCCCGUUUGCGAACCCGGCAGCUGACUUGAUCAGAAUGGUUUGGGGAGGCUCCAAAAGUAACCUUAGCUGAGCAGGCUGUGUCUUUAAAGGAAGUGCAGCGCACAACAACAGAGAGUGCAAGACUACAACAUGUCCCGCUUCACUGCCGCUGUCGGGGUUUUCACUGCACUUAUAUAUGCAGUGCAAUUAACACCAUUGGUUCCACUGGAAGAUGAGUAUCAUUUCAAAACAUGGAUGUCACAGCACAGUAAGGACUAUGACUUGACAGAAUACAGCUAUCGGCUGCGGAUAUUCACCGAGAACAAGAGGACGAUCGAUCAUCACAAUGCCGGGGACCACUCCUUCAAAAUGGGGCUCAGUCAGUUCACAGACAUGACAUUUGGAGAAUUUAAGAAGUCAUAUCUUUUGACCGAGCCUCAGAACUGCUCCGCGACCAAAGGGAAUCAUGUAGUCAGCAGUGGACCUUACCCUGACUCUGUAGACUGGAGGGAGUUGGGCAACUUUGUGACGCCAGUCAAGAACCAGGGCCACUGUGGCAGUUGCUGGACAUUUUCCACCACUGGCUGCUUGGAGUCUGUCACUGCCAUUGCAAGAGGGAAGCUCCUACUGCUGUCUGAGCAGCAACUAGUAGACUGUGCCCAGGCCUUCAACAACCACGGAUGCAAUGGGGGGCUUCCUAGUCAGGCGUUUGAGUAUAUCAGAUACAACGGGGGCAUUAUGACUGAAGCAGACUAUCCCUACAAAGGCUCAGAUGCCCCCUGCCAAUUUGUGCCUGGGUUGGAGGCUGCUUUCGUCAGAGAUGUGAUCAACAUAACCUCUUAUGAUGAGAAGGCGAUGGUUGAUGCAGUUGCCAGACUCAACCCUGUCAGUCUUGGCUUUGAGGUCACCUCUGAUUUCAUGCACUACAAGGAAGGAGUUUAUACCAGCUCCAUGUGUAGCAACACUACGGACACUGUGAACCAUGCCGUGCUGGCUGUGGGGUAUGGCGUGGAGGAAGAAGGAGGGGCACCAUAUUGGAUCGUGAAGAACUCCUGGGGCCCCAGUUGGGGAAUCGAUGGAUAUUUCCUUAUCGAACGAGGAAGGAAUAUGUGUGGACUGGCGGCUUGCUCUUCAUACCCUUUGGUCUGACUGACAACAAAACCAAAACCAGUGAAGAAGAAGUGAAAGCUGAACAGGAAGUCAAACCAUAAGGGAACAAGAAUAGUCAACGUGUGACAUGGAAUGCUGUCUACUUAUAUGCAGUUAUUUUAAAAAUGUUUGACUUUAACACUAAAUUCAGGUGAUGUUAAUGCAAUCUAUAUGAAUAAAAGACAAAUUAGAGGAUA